AUGGUCAACUCCUGUUGUGGCUCCGUCUGCUCUGACCAGGGCUGUGGCCAGGAGACCUGCUGCCGCCCCAGCUGCUGCCAGACCACCUGCUGCAGGACAACCUGCUGCCGCCCCAGCUGCUGUGGCUCCAGCUGCUGCCAGCCUUGCUGCCGCCCCAGCUGCUGCCAGACCACCUGCUGCAGGACCACUUGCUGCCGCCCCUCCUGCUGUGGCUCCAGCUGCUGCCAGCCUUGCUGCCGCCCCACCUGCUGCCAGACCACCUGCUGCCGCCCCAGCUGCUGCCAGACCACCUGCUGCAGGACCACCUGCUGCCGCCCCAGCUGCUGUGUGUCCAGCUGCUGCCGCCCCACCUGCUGUGUGUCCAGCUGCUGCCAGCCUUGCUGCCGCCCCACCUGCUGCCAGACCACCUGCUGUAGGACCACCUGCUGCCGCCCCACCUGCUGUGUGUCCAGCUGCUGCCAGCCCAGCUGUUGUUAG